CCAUUUGAAAAUGUGAAAUGAAAAUACCUUUCUGUAUUGAUAUAUGUAAACGGGAGUUGACUGGAGGGAUUCCUAGAACAAAUAACCAGGGGUAUAUGCAGAUGGAAUAUUUCUAGGUAAAAGAUGGAAUUUUCUAGCAUCAAUUGAUGGAAAUCUGCGCCACCAUGUACCUUUUCGGUUCUUUUUAUCCAACAGAUUUUAAAAACACCAGUAACUGGGUGUUUGUGAUAGACAUGCGCGGACAACCUUGCCCAUCCGACUUUCCCUUCGGUAUUAUUGGAUAUUUCACGGUGAACGCUCAGUUGUGUUCGAGUGUUAACAGUACCAGACACAUGAACAUACGGACGUACUCGUUCGACUACAGACGAUUUGUUCACAAGUUGAUUCUACAUUCCAAUCAGGAGGAGGAAUCAGUGACAGUGAUGUAUGAUGAAACAGGACAAGAAUACCAGCAACACCACGAUAUGGCCUUUGCCAGCAACAUGUUCUUCCAGAUAGACAUAUCGCUGGAGAAUUGCACCGCCAAACACAUACUGAAGACCAUCGCUUCCAAGACGGAAGUGAAGUACAUCAUGCUCAUAGCCUCUUCCCAAUGUGUGGAAGACAUCUUGAAUCAGGUUUUCUUCCUAUGCAUCCAUAACUCAAGAUUCAUUUCUGUUUUCGAAAAUAAGGCAAACAUUGGGCCGAAUUUACAAAGCCUGUUUAGGAUCACCUAACCCCUUCUGUUUUCUAAGAUGAGAGCAAACAGUGAGCUACAGUGAAACCUGCACAAAUAGUAUUUUCUGUUGAAUAGCCAACUUUCGUAAUAGGCACAUUUCAAAUGUUGUGUUGUGUCCUUAACGCCAAAGAAACUAAAUUUCUGGUCUCUGGUCAGCGCACGCGUCGAUUCUGAGCCUUGCGCCUCAAUUUUUAAAAUUGUUUUUUUUUAACUUCCCGCGGUAUGACGUCAAUUUUUGCCGGGCUUUUCUUGCUAUGACGUGAAACCGCAUUUGGAGCAAAAUGCCAUCGCGCAUGAAAUUAGACGAGCAUUCUGAUUUCAAUAAAAAAUAUGCCCCUUAUUUCGGUGUCAAAUAUACUCACCUUUUCUGUGCAACCCGUGCUUACAAAAAGAAAAAGAAAAAAAGAAAAAAGAAAAAAGGAGAAAAAAAAAGAAGAAAAAAAAAAAGAAAGAAAGAAAAAAAAGAGCCGCAUCGCCGCAUCAGUUCUGGAACUUUAACCUAACCAGAGACCGACUUUGUUUUUGCCUAAUCCAAGUUUUAAGACUUUACGCGAGUUUCAUACUAUAAAGAAUAUUCAGGUGCAUUUCAAGUUUCAUGUAUUAUAAAAUACAUCUGUAUAGAUGCAUUAAAGCUGUACAUAUUUAUCAUUCAACUAACUGAAUAGAUAUGAUACCUCAUAUUACUUUUUAAAUUUUAUUUCCGAGGCUAAACAGCUGGAUAUGGUCCUGGGUCGCUAUUAUUGGAUCGUUUUAACCACAGAUUCCAAAGUGCCGCGCUGUCAUGGCUGUGCUAAAUACAGUGCUAUCUACAUCAGAGAUAACAACGCUACAACACAGGAUAGCCGCUAUCGGCCACUACUACAAAGGUUGGUCGAUUUCACCAAUGCAGCAAUUUCAGAAUUGACUUCCCAAAAAGACACCAAAGUGCUCUGUGAUUGUCAGAAGAACUGCGAAUCAUGCUUCAGAGCAAUUCGCGAUGUCGUUAAGAAGUUAUCUGGCUCACAAUCUGGGAUCUAUGUACAAGGGUACACCAGUCAACAAUAUCCGCUGUCAUUCGAUAUCGUCCGCUAUGAUUAUGACGGGAGCCUCAUGAAGGUUGGACAUUGGAAUGGUGAAACGAUAGACAAGAACUCCAGUCUCUACCCAGACAACUCGACAGCAAUAGUCCUCAGAGUGGUUUCACUUGUCGAGCCGCCAUUUGUUUUUCGAAACACUACUGGAGGGCAACUCAGUUACUAUGGUUACAGUAUAGACGCCAUACGAGAGAUCGCCAAAAGUAUCGGUUUCACAUUCACCGUAAAAGAAUGCGAUGAGAAAUUUUACGGAUACGCCGGCAGUGACGGACAAUGGAAUGGAUGUAUUGGGAACAUACUGAGAGGGGAGGCUGACAUCAUAGUGGCAGCGCUCACAGUAACGGCUGAGCGAGAAAAGGUGGUCGACUUCACUCUUCCGUACUACGACUUCGCGGGCAUCCAGAUCUUGAUGAAGAAGCCCAACCGCGACAUCAGCCUCUUCUACUUCGCCGACGUCUUCACGCCCAUAGCGUGGCUCUGUCUCGGCGUCGUCGUCGUCGUGACGAGCAUUCUGCUGCUGCUGUUUGACAGGUUUACGCCCAUGUCGGAAGAUGCCGACGAUUAUGAACGAGGUCAGUCGUUUGACCUCAAGGAAAGCAUCUGGUAUGUCGUGGGUUCGCUAACCAUGUCAGGUGGUGGAGACCCUCCUCGCAGCAUCCCGGCUCGAAUCCUCGUGGCGGGGUUCUGGUUCUUCUCCAUCGUCAUCAUGUCGACGUUCACCGCCAACCUGGCAGCUUUCCUCACCGUCUCCAGAAUGGGCGCGUCCAUCUCAAGCCUCAACGAGCUCGCCUCGCAGUCUGACGUCAGGUUCUCCGUCGUCAAGGAAACCUCCAUCAUGAACUACUUCAAGCGGAUGGCCGCCAUUGAGGAUAACUUCUACACCAUCUGGAAGGACAUGUCCCUGGGAGUGUACGGCGACGCCAAGAGUCUGGCGGUGUGGGACUACCCGCUCGGGGACAAGUACGUCAACAUCUGGAAGAGCAUCAACGCCACCGGCUUCAUGAACAGCACCGAGGACGCCAUGGUUAGACUUGCUCAAGGCAAUUUCGCGUAUUUCACGGAUUCGCCCGUGGUGAAGUAUCUGACCUCCAGAGACUGUGACCUCACCGCUGUGGGCGAUGUGUUCAGUAUAAGACCGUAUGCGUUCGCCUUGAAGAAUAAAUCUACGUGGACUAAGAAAAUUUCCGCAGCGAUACUGAAACUUCAAAAGGAGAGGAUUUUAGAAGAGCUGAAGAUGAAAUGGUGGACGAAGGGGGCGGUUAAGUGUUCGGACAGUGUCUCUGACCGGGGCCUGGAUCUCAAGUCGCUGGCCGGGAGUUUCAUUGUGGUCGCCGUCGGGAUCUCGUCUGGCCUUUUGAUGCUCGUUCUAGAGUUUAUAUGGAACACUUUUCGACGAGGUAAGCCCUGCUCCACCCUACAAGUUUCGGUUGAAAAGGAAGGAACAACGGCAAGUUUAAAAACGGAGAGUUUCAGAGAACAAUCUACAAACGACAGGACAGAUUACGUCAUUAAUAAUAAAGACCAAUCAAAGACACAGUACACCGUAUAUGGGGACGAAGUAGAUACCUUGUAUUGAUUGGCCAAUGGUUUUACCAUGUGACCAAUGGGUGGAGUCACUUUUUUUGUGUAAUAUUUCCAAAACAAUGCAUAAUUUCAUAACUGUUGUGAACGCUUGCUAAAAGCAUGGUAUGCCUUGAACUUUUUUGUGUAAAGAUGCAAUUUUGUCGCAAAUGCAAAGUAGCUAUAGUUCUCUACUAAUUGAACCAUAUUUGUGCCAAAUUAUCGUGGUUGAGAAAUAUUGCAGUUUUUUUACUGGCACUUAUGUUGUAAGACCUAAAAACGUGGGUUUCCGGAAAUCUGAACCUACAUAGAAAAAAAGGGCUGACCUUACUUUUAUUUGAUGUACAUUUUUAUUCGUUUAAAAAACAAAAUAAAGAAAUAAAAUGUAGAUGAAAAGAGUACGUCCAGAGGUCGAAAUUCCUGGCAUAUAUUCCGUUCGGUAAGCUACACAUUCUACCGGUCCGAAUAAAAACCUACCAGACCAAAUUAGAUCACAAAUAUAAAUAAAGAUCACAAAUAUUCAUAGCCGGUCUGUCGGGAUGGCAGGCAAACAUAUCUGACGGUUCGUGGUAAUGCUGACCGGCAAAAACCGCUCGGGAUGGCAGUAUUUCGAUCCCUGACCUACAUACAAUUUUAUUGUGACCCGUAGGGGUGAAUGUAGUAAACAAAAGCCCACCUACCCCUACUUCAUCUUUUCUGGCACGUUCCCUGAAACACACAAUUGUUUAGACGUGCUAUCCCGAGCUUGUGAUAUUAACAGACUAUAAACCUUAAUAUGUUUAUUUCACAGUAGUUGGCCCACAAAAUGAUCCAUGGGAAUAGUGCCUGAAUUAAUAUUUAACGCCCCCACCCCUGCAACAAAAUAAAGAAGAAGCAAUUUGUGAUCUGAAUGAUAUAUUUUUAAAUUGAAAUUGCAAUAAAAUACAUGUCCGUUCUUGUUCUAUUUUGGGAGUAGUUUGGCACAGGCAUGUUUGUGAUAUAUUAUUGAUAUGGUUAAAUUAUGGUUAAAUGUUUAGUUUUAAUGACACCAUGAAUUGUACAUGUUGUUAAAAAAAUUGGUUUAAUUCUUAAGCAAAUAACAAUGCAGGAACAUCAUAAACAUAUGACACAGUGUUACAAUAUUUCUCAUGUGGAUUGGUUGCCUUCGAAGGUAUUAAAUAAAACAUAUCAUAUUUAAUUUUCACAAAGGUGCUUCCUUCAUAACUGAUUUUGUAAAUCACUAGCGGAAAUUCAUCAGAUAAAAAUACAGUGUGUAUAUAUUUUGAAAACAUUAAGGCGUUUUAAAUAAUCUUAACAAAUCGUUGUAGUGCCAUAUUUAAUGACAUUCAACCAUUGAUCAGGUUUUUAAUAAUGUUGAAAAUACCAAAGA